GAUUUAGCAGCGCCUAGCAGCACUGUAAACUUCCGGUUAUCUUUUCAUGCCGUGUUUAUCAUCUUCAUGAUCUUGUCUACCCUUUCUUAGUAAAAUGACCUAAGAUGUAAUCUUGUGUCAGGUGAAUACAAAAACUAAGCAGACUCAAGAUGGCAGGGAUUGGAAAUAAACUGAUGGAAUCUAAGAUACACCCUACUGGUAGGAACCUGCAGGCAUUUGGAAUGGAGGAUUUCAGCUCUCCAUCACAGUUUGACACUGGAGGGGGAACAAAUUCACGGCUGAUGAUGACAAGAGAUCAGAUUGAUGAACGCAGAGCUAGAACACAAGAAAGACUUACACUAGAGGAUGUUAGAUUUUCAGACAUGAGGAAGAAAGUACCUCUAAUGGGAAGGGUACCAUUAAGUAAAAUGAUGAAUUCUGAUCAGGAAGAUAAAAGUUUUGAGAAGCAAAAGUUGGAACAUAUUGCUUUCAUCAGACAAAACUUCAAGCAGUUAGAAUGUCAACAAUUUGUUCCUGCGCCAAAUCAACAAAAAAUAGAGAAGACGGAGGCAUUGAAAUGUCACUGUGGAGAAAUUUUGAAAAACCAUGUUCCAAAUGAAUUUACGCCCGUAGGAAAACGUAACUUUGGGAACCUAAUUCCAGCUGAUUUAAAACCUUUUAUUGAUCCCAACAACCUUGGAUCUAAACCUCCUGAAAAGUUUCCCCCUGUGGAAUGGAAAGCUGAUCAGGCUAUUAAAGUAAAAAAUACUACCUCUUUUGGGAAAAUAAAAUUCACUGGCAUGGAACAAGUUGGUGGCAUGAAACCUGCAAAGUACUUACGUUUAAAAGAUGAAGAACAACCGGAUUCAGUUGGCCUGGCUAUAAAGUUGAUGAAAGACCAUUGGAGAAUAAUGGAGCCAAAUACGCCUAGUCUAAUCAUAUCUGUUGUUGGUGGUGCUAAAAACUUCAAGCUUAAUGGUAAAAUGAGAGAAACAUUCCAGUCUGGUCUAAUUAAAGCUUCUCAGACAACAAAUGCUUGGCUGAUAACAUCAGGAUUCAAUAUGGGAGUGAUGAAGGAAGUAGGAUUAGCAGUGAGAGAAGGCCAGUCAUUUGAAUGGUAUAAAGACAGAUUUGCCCAUGUUCUACGUUGUAUUGGAAUAGCUCCAUGGGGAUAUGUUAAAAAUAGACAUGUCUUAACAGACCAUAAUAUUAAUGUACAGGGAAAGUUUGAUAAAAUAGCUGAAUACAAAACCAGUAAUGUGAUAGAACAUGCAAAACCAGUGCCGCUGAAUUCCGAUCAUACACAUUUCAUAUUUGUUGAUGAUGGAUACAGAAACUUGUACAGGGGUGUGGCUAAAUUUAGAGCUAGAUUUGAAAAGAAACUGUCUGAUCCUAUAGAACAUGGUGGAGAGGGUAUACCAGUUGUAUUGAUUGUAGUAGAAGGAGGUCGGGAUGCUAUAGAGGAUGCUAAAACAUCUCUGGGACAACAUAUUCCUGUUAUCUUGUGUGAGGGUACUGGUCGAGCUGCUGACAUACUAGUGUAUGCUUACACUAAUCCAGAGAGGGGGACUAAGAUUCGUAAGUUGAUAAAGAAGGCGUACUUUGAAUUAAAGCCAGCAGAAAAAGACGACCCUAAAGCUAAACAGAAAGCUGAAGAUGGGAUUCAUAAUGUAUUUGAAAGUGUCAAAAGUUGUAUUGCAAAGAAAGAUAUGAUCAGUAUAUUUCAUAUAAACAAACAUGAAGAACUUGAUAAUGAAAUUCUGAAGAUUUUACUGAAAGCUAAGGCUGGUGAAGUCACAGAAAAACAGAGACUAGAGAGAUUAAAACUGGCACUGAAAUGGGACAGGGCUGACAUAGCACAGGAAGAAAUAUUCAGGGAAGAUGCUUUGUGGAGUAGAGGAAGUUUUGAUGAGGCUAUGCAGACAGCUAUACUAACUGAUAAUGUAAAGUUUGUACAGAUUAUUUUGAACCAAGGAGUUGUAAUGAGAGAAUAUCUUACAUUGAAUAGAUUGUUAGAACUUUAUGACUUGGCAUUGAAAGAAAUAGAUAUAAAAAAUAUGCCAUUGAAAAAAUUAAUUACUAAACUUGGCAUGGAGGAGCCUAAAGGUAUGACUGUGACGAAAUUGUCAGCCAUCAUGGUAACUUUAAUGGACAAGUUUGGUUAUGACUUAUAUGAAAAGGAUACUGAAGCUAACGAGGAUGAGGAAAAUGAGUAUGAAGCUGGACAAUUUAAAUAUCCAUACAAACAACUGCUUAUCUGGUCAACACUGCUGCUUAGACAGCAGAUGGCCAAUUUUGCAUUAAAGAUGGGAGGUGAACCAGUGACUAGUACAGUAGCAGCUUCCAGAAUACAUUUCUCCUUAGCCAAAUAUAUACACAGAAAUGAGUUGUCUGUCAAAAAUAAAGUCUUAGCUUAUAAAGAAGAGUUUGAUGAAUUAGCAUCAGACGUACUAGACGAAUGUCAUUCUAGAGAUCCUAUUAAAGCCAUGAUGAUUGCUGAGAGGAGAUCACCUACAUGGAGUAAUAUGACAAGUAUGCAGAUGGCAGCCUCUGCUGAUAAUCAGACUUUUUUGGCAUCAGUUGUUUGCCAGAACUCUAUCAGUUCAACAUGGAAGAGGGGAAUAGGGUCAUCCUGGCAAAAGGUAUUUCUGGUGAGUUUGUUCCCCUUCCUGGCAGCAACACCACUUCUUGAUAUAGACAAACUUGGAGACAACAAGAUGUCGCCUACCUAUAAAUUCCUGACGUUUCUUACUUCACCAAUAGCAAAGUUUACUUACCACUCCUUGAUGUAUUUGGUAUUUCUGGUGCUAUUUACAUAUUUUGUACUAGUGGAGUUUCGGACAGCUUAUGUUACCCCUAUAGAAGUUGUGUGUAUUAUAUGGAUAUUUACAUUCAUAAUAGACAAUGUAUAUACUUGUCUGGCAUUUCCAUCCCCCACACUUAAGGGUACCAUCAGAGACUGGUUUGGACUGUUAAAGUUUCUAGACAUUGGGAACUGUGUGUUAGCUGUAAUAGCAUUUGUCAUGCAUUUUGAAGGAAGUAAAGCUAUGGAAGCCAAGUCUAUAUUUUGUAUCAAUGCUGUUGUAUUUUACAUAAGAGUUUUGGAAGUUUAUACUGUGAAUAGCAGAUUAGGACCUAAAAUGGUGAUGAUUAAAAAAAUGAUGUUGGAAUUAGUGAUGUUUAUUUUAGUGUUGUCUAUAUUCUUAGUAUCUUAUGGGGUAGUUAGUCAAGGAUUGAUGCAUCUUCAGAGACAAUCUGAUUGGAAGAUCCUUAGAGAUGUUAUAUACUUCCCAUACUGGCAGUUUUACGGAGAGCUGUUCUUAGAAGAAAUAGAUGACGACGAACAAUGUAGGGCACUACUUAAUACUACUGGUGGCGUUUCUGAUGUGUCUUUCUGUAGAACAUAUCACUGGCUGGUACCUGUAUUCUUAGCAGCUUAUUUGAUGAUUGGAAAUGUACUGUUGCUUAAUUUACUGAUAGCCAUUUUCAGUAAUGUUUUCCAAGAAGUUGAGGUUAAUUCAAACCGAAUUUGGAAGUAUCAGAUGUAUAUGUUGGUGAUGGAGUUUGAUACAAAAGCUUCCCUGGUACCACCACUCAGUAUUUUUAUACAUAUCUAUCUUGUUGUUAAAUGGGUCUUCAGACAUACCUGCUGCAGGAAAGCUAAAGGUCGCCAAUAUGGUUCUCGCCAUUUAGAAUAUUUACAGCUGUUUGAGAAAGAACAAUUAUCUAACUACUUAAGGAAAAAGAAAGCAGACGCUAAAAGUUCUACAGAUAUUAGUAUCCUUAGUAUGCAGAAAAGAAUUGAUGAGUUGUACAAGAUGAUAAAAGAGGACUUUUUAGAUGAUGAUCCCGCUGCAACAGUAGACAGAGAAAAUUCCAAGGCAGGAUUUGAAACUUUAUACAGACCAAAGACAGUAGGGGAGGCUACUCUUCACAGACAGUUAUCCAAAACUGGAUCUAUAAAGGAAAAUUUGCCAACAGAAAAAGAGGAAGAAGGCAAAAAAGAAAGAAAACACAAGAAGAAGAAAAAGAAGAAGGCGAAAGAUGAUGAAGAAAAGUUGUUAAAGGCUAAAGAUGAGGAAGACAUGUUGUUUAAGGCUAGAGAAAUUGAGGACAAAUUGUUUAAGGCUAAAGAUGACGGAGACAAAUUACUUAACAUAGACAAAGACAUACAGAAACCAGAAGCUGAGAAAAAAGUGGCUGAUUUUUGGGAAGAAAACCAAUCGGAAGAAGAGUAUUCUAUGGCUCCGUCCUUGUUACCUAUUGCUCCAAGACGCAAAUCACCAACAAAAAAUUGGACAAUGGAUUCUGAUAGUGAUGACGAGAAGCCAUCAAGAUCGCUUCGUAUGAACAUCCAACAUGACUCAGAUGAUAAUUCUGAUUUGAACAAUUUUAAUAAAGUCAAAAAGAAAAGAAGGAGUAGAAGUCGACCACAAGAUUCUUUCUCUGAAGAAGAUCUGAAAUACAGAGGAUCAAAAAUACGCCAAAAGAUAAGAAAGAAAAGGUCGCGUACAAAUGACAGUGAUUCAAAUUAACGGUGCCAAACCUGAUUUGCGUAAGUGGCCAUAAUAUGAUCAUAGUGUUGUUACACUCACUUUCAAUCAUUUUGUAAUGGUUGAGCAACCAUUUACAAUUAAUGUGAUAUUUUUCAUACCUAUUUAUUCAUUUAGAUUAUUGUUAAUUGUUAAAACUUAUUUUUUAAUUUUACCUUUAUUUUUUGGUAAUUAUAUAUAAAAAGAACAAUGGUAUUUGUUCAAGUUUUCAUACGCAUCAAUUUUUGACAAGUUAUGAAUAAAUUAACAUUUAUUUUUAAAGACAUGGGCAUUAGCCUUAGAAAUAUUUAUAUCCAAUUGACUGAUGUGUGAGUGAAUGAAUGUAUAAAUGAAUGAAAUGAGGAUUAGUGUAUUAUGUAGUUGUAGUUUUUCAAACACAAUUUAAGAUAAAAUUAUACAUAUUUUGUUAUAAUUAGUAUAGGACUCCACAAAUAUAGUAAUAUGAUGUAGCUUUUUUUUAGAAUUGGUAAACAAUUUUAGAUUAUCAUAUGGCUAGGAAGAUAAAAGUUUUAAUUUGUUUAUCAAAAAUUAGGGUAUUAAAGAAAAUUGGCAUUUUUCCCUCAUUAAAUUAUUCUUACCAUUACCCCUAUAAGUUUUUGUUAUGUUAGUUUAUCAUGAAGUUUUGAUCACUUAGUUCACAUAUCAAUUCAUUAUGAUAAUAGAUUUUCAAUUGAAUACCGAAAUCAUAUUCCCAUAGGAAAUUCCUAGAGGGGCAUGGUUUACUCUAGACACAUAUUCAUAUAAAAGUUGGUACUUAUUCUUCAGUUACUUAACUUUGCGUCAACUUAUCUAUUGGAAUUGAAGUAAUUUUAUAAUCAGGAAAUAUGAUAGUUGCUUAUUUAAUAGGCCAUUUCAUGGUUAUUGCAACACUAUUGAAUAGGGGACAGUUUUUGAUGAUGAGGUGAAAAUACUUCAAAAAAGAUGUGAAACAUCAUUGAAACAGGACAGUUUUUUUACUAUUUUGAAUUCCUUUUCCUUAUAAAGAACCUGCCCUAUUCAAUAUUGGAUCAAUAACCGUGAUUUGGUCUAUUGAAACACGCACAAUAUACAUUAGGACAAGCAUUACUUUGUAGUGCAAGAAACCAAAAUAACCUAGGCUACUUAUUAUAAAAAUUGUAUAUAAUUUUGUAAACUUGAGUCAAACGAAUUAUGAAUUACAUUCAUUCUGAAGAAGUCACAUUUUUAUAUUGUUGGAGGUCAGAUGUUGACCUCUGAGGUUGUUAUCUCAUUUGCAUUUAUCACAUAUCACUUUCAUUGUUUUAAUAUGCAUUUAUUGUUUUAUCUUUGUUUAUAAAUCUAUUUCCAUCAUGUUUUUUCUUUAAUUUAUUUUAUUAAUCCUUUUCACUUGAAAAGGUCUGUUUAAGCAGUGAAGCUGGUAUACUGAUAUAAAGUGUUAAUAAUUGAACAAAGCUCUGAUUUGUAUUUUGUAGACUUGGCAAUCUCAGGAAUAUUCUGUUUUGUAUGCCUGAUUGUGCCAAAGUGAUUGAUUCACACUUGAAAAUUUUAUAUUGUCUUUCCAUGGUUUUUUUAUACUUUCAUGUGUUUAUUGCCUUUACAUGUUUUUUAUUGAGUAUGUUUUCCUGUAAAAACAUAUAAAAAGGUGUAUGAUUUCGUCCUUCAGAUUUUAUUUUUUUAUAUGAUCCAUAUUUUUUAAAACAUUCAUAUUUAUUGAUUUAUAUGAUUUUUGUAUUAGGAGGGUAUGAUUUUAUUUGUAUAGAUGAUAUUCCUCUCUUAUCUGUAAUACGAUUUAAAUUACUGAAUCUUACAUCCAUCCAAUUAUUUCUAUGAGAUACACAUUAUGUGAUACAUUUAGUGAUCAAAUCCUAUUUUUCAUUCCAUUUCUUAAUGACAGAAUCAACUCUUUUUCAACAUGUAUAUAUAUACAUUUGAUCAUUUGUGAUAGCAUUUAUUUUUUUAGUUAUUCAAAUUGCAAAUGUUAAGUGUUUUAGCGAUUAAAAGAUGACAGACACAGUAGAUACUUUUUAAUCAUUCUUUGACAUGACCACACUUUCAUUGUAUUAUUUUAUUUAUGUAUACUUGUUUUGAAAAAAGAAGUUUAGCUGAAAAAAAUCAAAUAAUGAAUAGAGUUCGAAAAUUGUGUCAUCAGGGUUCUUUAAGUUUACUGUGGAUUCAUUUAUUUUUGUGGAGGAUAUUUGAUUUUGUGACCUUCCCAGUGUACAAGCCUUUAGAAAAUUUUAAGUUUGUGUAUUUCCUAAAACCAUUGAAAAAUGGUAUCCCUCAAUUUGGCCUCAAAUGAUAUUGAAUCCUUAGAUUUAUAUAUGAAAAAAAUAACCCUUUAAAGUCCAUAUCAGACAUAUUCUAUCUAGAACCAUGUGUUAGAGUACUCAGUCAGCUGCAUACUGCAUCAUUUUGCAUGGAGUAUAUAUGAGGCAUUUUUUUACUCAACUAAAAAGUUUUACAUUUUAUACAUACGCACAACUGUUGUUUGUUUUUUUAAACUUUAUUUUUACAUAUGACAUUCCAUAAUUUUAUUGUGAUAACUCUGG